UCUGGAUGAACUGUAAAGUUGAAUACUUUUGAUGUAACGGUGUCACAUUUCAUGUUUGGAAAAGCUGAUUUAUCUUUAUCAAAUACAUUACCGUUGCAUUAAAAAAAAAACAUUAUUUCAUCAAAUUCCGGUGGUUUCUCAACAGCAGUAAUUGUCCAUACAUGUCCAACAUUCCACCAGCAGAGCUGCUGGAAGUGACAGGACACGCCCCCAAAACUGUAUGUACAAAAAGAGGAAUCAGCGGAGAUUACUGUCAUCAAAACAGCAGUUCACUGAAGGAACGUCAGUGUCACAUUAACAGAGUGAAAAUGGUGAGUUAUGAGGUGACCGUAUCCACUGGCAAUCUAGCUGGUGCCACCACUAUAAACAAUGUCUUCAUUAAGCUGGUGGGCACAGAAGGGGAGAGCGACCGCAAGUGGCUCAUGGGCUUUAAAGGAGCUUCAUCCUUCAUGAGAGGAGUAGUCUCUAGUUUUAGCGUGUCCUGCCCUGUCUCCAUUGGAAAGCUGAUUCUAAUAGAGCUAGACAAAAAACAGCUCCCACUGUUCCCUGAAGACUCUUGGUUUCCUGCCAAGGUGGAAGUGAAAUCCCCUGAGGGAGACACCUACAACUUUCCCAUAUACCGCUGGAUCACUGACAGUGAGGUGCACCGCUUCAGAGAGGGAACAGCUCUGAGAGUCUUCGAAGACAGCCAUCAUCUUGGCAGGUACAGCAGGCAGCAGGAACUGACUCAACGUGAGAAAGACUAUCGCUGGGAUGUGUAUGAAGAGGGAAUACCCCACUGUAUAAAGACAGAGAACAUUUUUUCUCUACCUUGUGAGGUCCGCUUCUCCUUCACCAAGACCACAGAGUUCCUCUUCACUGCAUCUACUGGACUUACUGAGCUGCAACUUAAGGGACUAUCCAACUGCAAGAAGAAGUGGACCAAUAUUGAUGAUAUCAAUCGGGUUUUCUGCUGCAACCGGACUGACAUAUCAGACUAUGUCCAGGAACAUUGGAAGGACGAUGCUUUUUUUGGCUACCAGUAUCUAAAUGGUGUCAACCCCAUGUUGAUCCGACGUUGUUCAGCUCUGCCUGAUUACUUCCCAGUCACUGACGACAUGGUCUUCCUCUGUGGUCAGUGCAGCUUGGCAGAUGAAAUGAAGAAAGGCAACAUAUUCCUGUGUGACUACAAGCAGUUGGAUGGACUGAAAGCAAACACCAUCAAUGGAAAGAAGCAGUACUUGAUGGCUCCCCUCCUCCUGCUCCACAAAACACCCAGUGAUGAGAUGGUGCCAAUUGCUAUUCAGCUGAAGCAGACUCCAGCAGGUGACAAUCCCAUCUUCUUUCCUACUGAUUCCGAGUACGACUGGUUGACGGCCAAGAUUUUUGUGAGAAGUGCAGAUUUCCAAGAGCAUCAACUCAAUGUUCACCUGCUACGCACUCAUCUGCUGGCUGAAGUGUUUGCUGUGGCACUACUGCGUAAUGUGCCCAUGGUGCAUCCACUGUAUAAGCUCCUCAUACCACACACUCGCUACACUCUGCAGAUCAACCACUUAGCUCGACUUCUUUUGAUAUCUAAGACUGGAGUUUUCACAGAGUUUGCAGCUUCUGGUGGAGAGGGUAUGAGGACUCUCCUAAAGAGAUCACUGUCCUCAAUGACCUACAUCUCACUCUGCAUACCUGAUGACAUUGCUGAGCGUGGGCUGGAGGAUGUGCCGAACUUCCACUACAGGGAUGAUGGAGUCAAGCUUUGGGAUAUCAUCCACAGGUUUGUGCAGGGAGUGCUCAGCUUCUACUACAAGAAUGAUGCUGAGGUCCAGCAAGACUCUGAACUGCAGAAGUGGAUUUUGGACAUUUUUGAACAUGGAUUCCUUUCCCAAGCAGGCACAGGGAUUCCACAGAGCUUCACCACUGUAGCUGAGUUGGUCAAGUUUGCCACCAUGGUGAUCUUCACUUGCUCGGGGCAGCACUCAGCUGUGAACGCUGGACAGUUUGACUAUGGCGGCUGGAUGCCCAACACUCCCAUCUCCCUGCAACUUCCACCACCAACCACAAAGGGGACAACAAGUGAGGCCACAAUGCUCCAGACAUUUCCUGACGUCAAUACAACAGUUCAGGGCAUGUCUACCAUGUGGCUUCUCAGCAAGCAAUCAUCUGACUUUGUGCCUCUUGGCCAGUACCCAGAGGACCAUUUCAGCGAGGAGAUUCCCUGCAAGAUGAUAAAGAAAUUUCAAGGAGAUCUUGAAGUGUUAAGCGCAAUCAUCAAAGCCAGAAACAAGAGUCUGGAUGUCCCAUAUACAUACAUGGAUCCAGUGGUCGUAGAAAACAGCGUGGCAAUUUGAGUAUUAGUAUCUGUGAGCUUCUCAGCUGUUGGCCAAAUUCAGCUUCAUUUGAGCGAGUUAAGAGUUGCAUUUUCUGGUUUAACUAAUACUACAGUGGAAGGAAAUUACUAAUGUGAUCAUUGUAUGCUGAUCUGUGUCUCUUAUACCACCUGGCUGAUUUAACUGUGGUGUGAAUGUACUGUUUUAAAUUAUAAUCCACAUUUUAAAUAUUUUUAUUUCAUCAAUAAAAUAGACAAGGUAUCUUUAAAAAACAUGUAUAUUACAAAAUUUGAGGCUGCUCUUUGAGUCAAGUCAACUUUUGUAUAGCACAUUUCAUAGAAAUUGAGAUUUUUUUAUAAACACAUGUAUCCUCUAUGAACAAAAUGAUCAUUUGCAUUGUUUUCAUUUGACUUUUCUAUUAUUUUCUGUCUCAAAAUAAGAAUGAUUAAAUCAAUUAUUAUCAUAUUACAGUUGA